AUGGCCGCGUGGGUCUUAGGCUGCUGUCAGACUACUCGGCAGUUUGAGGGACAAGGGGCCGGCGGUGUGGACAGUUCUGGGCAGUGCUGGUCCGUGAAGCCCGCGGGCCUCAACACCCUGCCGCCCUGCCGCAGGAAGACAGAGGAUGUAGCUGGUCACUACAUCUCCCCCUUCCACGACAUCCCUCUGAAGGCGGACUCCAGAGAGGAAGAUGGCCUUCCCCCAAAGAGAGCCCGGAGUGGCGAGCCCGAGAAUUUGUUUAAUAUGGUUGUAGAAGUACCUCGGUGGACAAACGCAAAAAUGGAGAUCGCUACAGAAGAGCCACUGAAUCCCAUUAAGCAAGAUACGAAGGGUGACAAGCUGCGCUACGUGGCCAACGUCUUUCCUCACAAGGGCUAUAUCUGGAAUUACGGUGCCCUCCCUCAGACUUGGGAAGAUCCGCACCGAAGAGACGAGAGCACAGGCUGCUGCGGGGAUGACGACCCUAUUGAUGUCUGUGAAAUCGGCUCCAAGGUUCUUUCCCGUGGAGAAGUUGUUCAUGUGAAAGUCCUUGGAAUCUUGGCUCUUAUCGAUCAAGGUGAAACAGAUUGGAAAGUAAUUGCUAUCAAUGUGAAUGAUCCUGAAGCUUCGAAGUUUCGUGAUAUUGAUGAUGUCCGGAAGUACAAGCCAGGCUACCUGGAGGCCACGCUGAAUUGGUUUCGGUUGUAUAAGGUGCCAGAGGGAAAACCGGAAAACCAGUUCGCGUUUAAUGGAGAGUUCAAGAACAAGGCUUUUGCUCUUGAAGUCAUCAAGUUUGCUCACGAAUGCUGGAAAGAACUGCUGAUGAAGAAGUGCGACGGAGGUGCCAUAAACUGCACAAACGUGCACAUGUGUGAAAGCCCGUUCCACUGCUCUCAGGAGGAAGCGAGAUCCUUAGUUGAAUCGGUGCGGCCCUCAGCGGGGAGGAAGAGCAACGAGGAAGACCAAGUGUGGCACUUCCUUGGCAAGAAUGGGAACGUUUGAAGUUCUGCUAUCAAGAUCCCAUCUCUAAAGAUUCCAGGGCCCCGUUUCCCCAGUCCUCCGAGGCAGGCCAGGGCAGUCUUGCUGAGUUCCCGUCGAAACUUCCUUUUAUUCCACACUUGUUGAGAUAAUGCAAUUUAUAAAUAAACACUGAAAUUUGGAAUGUC